AAAAGGGCUCUCCGGCGAACAGCAAGCCGGCGACUUCAAGCUUUGCAGCGAGCUCAUCUCUUCUGCUAGAACCGCAGCCAAUUACGAUGAGCUCCAUGGCCAUGGUCGCAGCUCUUGCGCUCGUAGCGUUUCUCGCCGUUUGCUCUGCUGAUCCUGUGAACAUCGCCUGCGGCUCCUGCCCGUCCCCUAGGACACCUAGGACUCCCGGGACUCCCGUCACCGUGCCUCCUGUCCACUUGCCUCCUAUUAUUGUGCCGCUGCCGCCGGUCACCGUUCCACCCGUGCUAACGCCGCCUGUUACCGUGCCUCCGGUCACCGUUCCCAAUCCCCCAGUCACGGUGCCCCCCGUAACAGUGCCGCCCGUCGUCAGGGUACCCCCGGUAACAGUGCCGCCCGUCAUAGGACUGCCGCCCGUCGUCACGGUGCCCCCGGUAACCGGAGGUUCGCCGCCGACAUCUAGGCAGGGCGGGUGCCCGUCGCCCCCAGCGACCACCGGAAGCAGCACAUGCCCCAUGAUGAAGCUGGGCGUUUGCCUCGACGUACUCGGCGAGACGAUCCAGAUCGGAGAUCCCGCCGUGGAAUGCUGCGCCCCUCUGGACGGCCUCACCGGCGUCGACGCCGCCCUCUGCCUCUGCACCACCAUCACGGCCAAAAUGCUCAACAUGAACAUCGUCCUCCCCGUCGCUCUCCAAUUCCUCGCAAACACCUGCGGCAAGUCCAUUCCUCCGGGCUACACCUGCCCAUAAUCAACUCCAUGCCUCGCGGCACCUUCUCUUCGAAAGAUUAUUGUGUGUGAUUGCCAGUGCAAGUGGUGGAUUGUUUUUCAGUUUAUUCGAUCAGUACUGCUGCUGACAGUAGUAGAGACAUGAAAGCGUAUGCCCAAGUCACUGAAGUGUCUAUUUAAUUUUUCAGAUGUUGUACAAUUAAUUAAUGUAACUUGCUUGGUGUGUCAUGUGAAAGCCUGCAGCUUUGUGUUUUCUUCGCAUUGCCCUAAUUAAAACUGUCUAGUUCUUCUUC